AUUAUCAUUUCAUUUCUUGGAAAUAAAUAAUAAAAAGAAAAAUAUGUACAUUUCUUUCCACUGCUUCUUCUUCAGAGGAGGUGAAGGGAUAAAAAUGGUGUUAUUAUCUAGCUUUUCUUGCACUUCAUUUCUUCCGGUAAAAUCCUCUCUUCCUCUCUCAAUUCAAUCUUCAUUAGUUUCUCAUUGUCAAUUGGGUCAUGGAAUUGUAAGAAAAAACCUCAACGGCAGCAACAUCAGUAGAUUGCAUCAUCAGAUUCAUCAAGAACAACUUCAUCUGGUAGCAGUGAGGAAGAAAACCAAAUUAGGUAUGAAGAUUAAGUGUAGAGCAUCUGAAAAGUUCAAAAACAUUAAUUCUGAAGAAACCCAAGAUGAUGAUGAUAAUAAUAAUAAUAAUAAUAAUAAUAAUAAUAAUAAUAAUAAUAAUAAUAAUAAUAAUAAUAAUAAUAAUAAUAAUAAUAAUAAUAAUAUAGUACUACAGCUAUUGUUGUGGGCUGCUGAAGGUGUAUACAUUGUCUGGCUUUUUCUCCUCCCCUUUGCCCCGGGGGAUCCAGUGUGGGCGAUAAGUCAAGGCACCAUUAAUUCUCUAGUGGGGCUUUCUCUGAAUUUCUUCUUUAUCUUUCCACUGAUAAACUCCAUUGGAAUUCAUGUGCUCGAGUCCCCGGUGAUUCACCCGAUGGAGGAAGGAUUGUUCAAUUUUGUGAUUGGGUGGACACUCAUGUUUGCACCCUUGUUAUUCACGGAUCGCAAGAGAAACAGAUUCAAGGGAUCACUUGAUGUCUUAUGGGGUUUCCAGAUGUUCCUCACAAACACAUUCUUAAUACCCUACAUGGCAAUCCGACUUAACAAAGCUGACACUGAAUCCUCUCCCAAAGAGCCUUCUAAACUGGAAGCUGUGAUGGUAGAUGGUGCAUCUGUCGUAGGACUGAUAAGCGGCGCUGUUUGUACAUUAUGUUUAGCAUGGGCAUGCUUUGGUCGAAUGGAUGGAAAUUUUGGGACCCUGACAGACCGGUGGGAAUAUUUCUUAAGCUAUCUUGGAUCAGAUCGAUUAGGUUAUGCCUUCAUAUGGGACAUUUGCCUCUACACAGUUUUCCAGCCUUGGUUGAUUGGUGAUAACAUAGAUAAUGUGAAAGACAGCAGUGUUAACACAGUAGAAAAAUUAAGGUUUGUUCCUGUUGUUGGCUUGGUUGCCUACUUGUUGAGUUUGGAUCCUGCUGAAGAGUUGUAAUACAUGUAGUACACUGAAAUUCGGGAACCAAAUCUUUUAUUUCGUAACUGUGUUCUUUAUAGCAAUUUCUUCUGCAACCUAUUGCUGGCAGAAUUUCAUUAAUCUAACAGGUUCGUAUA